AUGCCAAUCACCCGAAUGCGUGUCCGAGGGGGAAACCGUACCCAGGCUCUCCGUCGACAGAUUUACUCUGACAGAAACGCAGCCACCUUGGCGCGGCUACAGCGGCAAGAGCAGUUGGGCCAUCAGCGUGAACAAGCAGCUCAGCCGCUCUCUAUUGGAAACCUCUUGGAUCAAACCAACCCGGCCAUCAAUUACACGAAUGAUUCUUGGCAGGAAUCAACUAGUUGGGACCAAGCUGGAGCCGAAUCCGAAUGGGUUACUUUUGGUGAAGACGUACCUGACAGCAUUGAUCUAGCGAUGGCUUCUUACAAAGAGAGAUACCGCCAACAAGCGCGCGAAUAUAACUGGGAACUACUAAUUUGUCCGCUCCAAGGCGAGUAUAUGAAGCUGAAGGUUAAAACCAACAACUGGGCCGGCCCCAACUCCUACGAUUCGUUUGCUAGCUGCUCUCCCGCCUGCUCUAAACGCUAUAGUUGA